AUGGACGAUGCUGACGACAAUCCGGAACUGGUCAUCCUCACAAGCAUUUUUGACGAUGAUUCGGAUAGUCGACUAUUCGGAACAAUGAACGAUGCUGGUUUACCAGGCUCGGAAACGAUGUGGCAGAUUGACGAUGCUCGAUUACCUUUUCCCGGCAUCGCAACUACGGAAAUACGUCAGCAAAUGCCAACUCCUCGGCCAACUUGGGUUGUCGUUCAGUCAACUUCCUUUGUGCACAGAAUCAUUACUCGGUUAAACAUAACACUAGCGAAUACCGUCUUAGGAUUAUCUGGAGAAUGA